GUUAUUGACGUUUUGAAGGCAGAAUUUACUUUCCCUGUCUAUGCAAUUGGACCCAGUAUACCUUUCUUCACAUUGAAAGAUAAUUCUCCAACUUCCAACUACCUACAGUGGCUGGAUUCCCAGUCUAAAGCUUCAGUCUUGUACAUAUCUUUGGGAAGUUUUCUAUCAGUUUCAGCUGCACAGAUGGAUGAAUUAGUAGCUGGAGUUCGGAACAGUAGUGUUCCAUACUUGUGGGUGUCGCGCGUGGAAGCUUCUUGGUUCAAAGAGAGCUGCGAGGAUAGAGGACUAGUGAUUCCUUGGUGUGACCAGUUGAGAGUGCUAUGCCAUUCUUCUACUGGGGGGUUUUUGACGCACUGCGGGUGGAAUUCUACCCUGGAGGCUGUUUAUGCAGGCAUUCCUACGCUUACUUUUCCUAUAUUCUGGGAUCAGGUCCCAAACAGCAAGCAACUAGUGGAGGAAUGGAAGAUGGGAAGGAGCGUGAGGAGCGAGGUGGGGACUGAAAAUCUAGUGUCAAGGGAAGAAAUUGCAGAGAUUGUGCGAAACUUUAUGAAUUUGGAUUGCAAUGAAGGGAAGGAAAUGAGAGGAAAGGCGAGACAACUUGCAGAAGCAUGCCGAGGUGCAAUUUCGGAAGGUGGAUCCUCUGAUGUUAGCCUUGAUUCUUUCAUCAAGGUUCUAUCUAAAGGUCAUGCUGACUAGCUAAACACGUCAGUAUAUAUAAUAUCAAAAAAUUGAAAUGCAUUUGGUCUUCCACAUUCUGUAUUUUUUAUAAUUAUUGAUAGAGAGGCAACGAGAGUUUACUUCUCCAUUAAUGAUUAAAAAUAGUGCAAUUCGUGCACUCUUAUAUGGUAUAUGUAUUUUGUUUCUUGUAUCUUGCAUCUUAUAUUAUUUGAAUCAAAUUGCAUGUAUUACGU